AGAAAAAGGGUGGAGUGAAAACAAUUUCAGACUAAGACAAAUUGAGGAAUUGAAAGCAAAUAGCUGUAGCAGAAGAAUACAGCUGCAUGUGCACAGUAUAUGCCUUCAUGUUGCCUGAUGACUUAUGGAGCCCCAUGGAUUUCAUAGGGUCUUCUUGAGGCAACGAAUACUCAGCUGUUUUUGCCAUCUUCUUCCUCUGAAAUAUAGCUCACAGCACCUGGUAUUCAUUGAUGGUCUCCCAUCUAAGUACUAACCAGAGCUGACCAAGCUUUCAAGACCAGACAGGAUCUGGUGCCUUUGGUGUAUUUAGGUGUAUAAGGUACAGCUACCAUUUAUUAAAUUGAGAACACAAGGACAGAAGCAUGGCCCGACGUGGAUUUAGGCAAGGGCAAGGUGAGUGUUCCAGUGAAGUGUCUCUUUCCAGACUCAGGCUCCGAGUGCUUCCUCUUGAAGUCUUGCAAAACAGCAACACAGAGAACUUGAAUUUGGACCGGAACAAGUUGAAACACCUCACUGGGAUUUCAAAUCUUUGCAACCUGAAAAAGCUUAUUUUGUCUAAAAAUGACAUAACAGACUUCCCAGAGGAAAUCAGGAACUUGGUCCAUCUAGAGAAGUUGGAACUCAAUCAGAACCAAAUCCGAACUAUCCCAGAGGGUAUAUUUUCCUUUUUACCAAAGUUAAAACAUCUCAGACUGAAUAAUAACCGCUUAGAUGGCCUCCCCAAGGACUUGGCUUCCUGCAGCAGCAGUCUCCAGUAUCUCAACCUUUCCAACAACUUGCUCCAAGCCAUCCCUAUAGUGGUUUUGGAGCUCAGGAAUCUGCAAGAAUUUUAUGUGCAGAAUAACAUGUUGCGCCAACUUCCCAUGGAGAUGUUCCAAGUAAUGCCACUGAAGAUGUUUAAAGUAAAUGGGAACCCACUGAGGAAACCUCCUUAUGAGGUCUGUGCAGGAGGUGUCAGACAGAUCAUCAGCUACUUCAACCAGCUGCAGAGCUAUCAAGCUGAAGAGGAGAGGCGAAUCAAGAUGCUGUUCCUGGGGUCCUCCUUAGCUGGAAAGUCUACCAUAUGCAAAAGCCUGAAGCAAAGGCAAGCAGUCCAGUUGUUGAAGGAAGAGCGAACGGUUGGGAUCGAAAUAAGUGAAUUCCAUAUCCAAGGCUUCAAUUUUCUUUUUUGGGAUUUUGCUGGUCAGUUGGAAUACUACAUGACCCACCAUGUGUUCAUCACUCCACAGGCACUUGUCAUCUUGGUCAUUAACUUUCAACAGUACCAGUUUAGCAAUGACUCCUUCAAAGAUCUUGUUGGAUUCUGGAUUAACAAUCUCUUUAUGCGAGUGCCAGACUCUGUGGUCCUUCCCAUUGGAACCCACAUAGAUGCCUGUGGUGAGAGGGAGGUUGAAGAAAAGAAAGAGGACAUCAUGAACAAGAUUCAGACCAUGCUAGAAGAGAGGAGGACCAACCUAGCCCACCUCAUUGCCAACCUGGAGGAAAACGAGGAGUCUGAGUUCUAUGUGGAUCAAUGGAAUAGAUUGAAAGAAAUGGAGAACUGCACCCUUACAAUUUUAGAUCUCGUUUCAGUCAAUUGCCUGGAUUACGAAGACAUAAAAAUGCUCGAAGGUACAAUUUUGGAUCAUGUCAAGAAUGAAAUAAUAUUCCCUAAUAUCAUCCAAGUGCUUCCCCCUGUCUAUAAACAAGUUGAAGCUGCAGUUGUGGAUAUUGUGCAAAACAGUGAAGAAGUGGCAGAGAACGGUAUGAUAGAUUUCCAUCUCUUACACAGUGAGCUUUCCUGCCAACACCAUCUGAGUCACUUGGAUGAAGAACUUCUACGAGACAUCCUGAGGUACCUUCACCGCAUUGGACUGAUUAUAUGGUAUGAAGAAGUCAAACAGCUGGAAAGCACUGUUUUUCUACGUCCAACUAUCCUGAUAACAAUAUUCAAAACUCUUGUCCGAUAUGGACUGAUGCAACAGUUGGAGCACAUUUCUGUUGACAUCUUGAUAGGAGAACAUGCUACCAUCCGGGACCGGACCAACUGGGUGUGGACAUUUAAGUCAAAGGCCAUGCUGUGCCAGAGAGCCAUGAGGGCCUUACUCAAACAUCAGCUCUGUGUGGACGGCAUGAAGGAUGUCUUUGAGGAAAUGGUGGGCAGUAGGUCCCAGAAGGGGAAGCUCUUCAGCCUUCUGGAACACUUUGAGAUCUGCCUGGAGGUCAGAAAUGCAAGGGGACUCAGUCCCAGAGCCAGACCUUUUCUACCCGGGCAGCCAUGGGAACCUGUGCAAAACCAUGAAGAGGAAGUACUCUACUUAUUUCCUACCUAUCUUAACUGGAGUGAGGAAGUAUCCAUGAUGUGGGGAGGAGAUCAUGCCGAGGAUCUUCAUAUCCGCCUGUAUUUUUCCCCUGAGAUCCCAGAGGGCUUUUUCAAAAGGCUCAUGGUGAAGGUUUGCUCCUUCUUCUCAACACACUGGGUUGCAAAAGCAAUAUGCUUGCUCAUCUGCAGUGGCAAACCAUUGCUGAUCAAAGCAAACGACCAAAAAGGAUACAGCUAUAUUGAACUCAGGUGCAGAAAACCAGCAGAGAGGGCAGGAUUCAAGUUAGCCUGGGACUUCAUUAUGACAGUAAUUUCCAUCAAUCAUAAACUCUUGGAAGAAUGGCCUGGUCUCCAUCUUUGUGUAAAGACACCUUGUCGAACAUCUGGAUGUCCUGCAGAGUUUGUCUGGCCAGAUGUGGAUGACAAGACCACCGUGACAAAAGAAGAAAUUAAAACCUGUGGAAUUUGUGCCCAUCAGUUUUCAACAGAGCUAUUGUUACCCAAAGUCCCAAGUGAACAAAGCCACCCCCAGGCUCCUGCACGCUACUAUGUUACCAGCUAUGGCAAUGCUACAUUCGGACCCAGCACUGUUCAUGUGGAGAGACAGAAUAUCCUGGACCGAUUAUAAUUGGCCAUGCAGGGGAAAUCACUGAUCAAAAUCAGGCCAUGUAUUGUACAUUUAGACCACGCUCAAUAGUUAAAGUGUUUCAUUGCAAAAUGCAUUUCUAUGGUUAUAAAGUUCCAAUAAUAAAUCUAAUAAAACACGUCUCACCCAAUGUGGAAUGUGUAUUUAUUUGCACAGAUACAAGGAGUGCAUUUAGAAACUGCAGCUUUCUGCGUUAUUGUACAUUAUCUCAUCGUGGCCAACAAAGGUUCUAAUUACAUGGAAUACACAUAAAUAAAGGAAACCAAUAUGCUCCAUGAAACCUCAAAAUAAAACUCUUGAGCUAAGAUAUAACAUUCAGAUUUAUAAAGUAUCAGGGCACAAAUAACAAGAUUUUCAAAGAAGCAGAUUUAACAGAAAAGAUAGUGAGGAACUUCAAGUACCAAAAUACAGAUUCUCUGUUCUGUUCUUUCCCCAAAAUAUAAAAGUUGGUACCCAGAUUUUUUAAAUGGAAUACAGUAAUAAAAGUGGUAUAGCUAUACCAUCAAAACAAACAAGAGGAAGCUCUUGCAAAUAGCUGUAAAGUUGCCAUUUUGAAUUUACAAUGCACCCCAUACUAAAUCCCCCCACUGAUAGUAAAGAACGCAGGACCUUAAGUCCCAUUGUUCUCAAUGGGUGCGUGCUCCCGCUUGCACUACCAUGUGCAUACACACCCAUUCAGAAAGCUGGGGCCUGCCGUUUGUGGAAGCUCAAACUGCAGAUGGCAAGCCUGCACUUGAUGUGGGCACACAGUAGUAGGCUUUGCAGAAGAAGCUGCUAUUUCCUCAAUGUGUGUUCCUAAAACACACAUUUAACAAAAAAAAAAACACCCUAAAUUUAGGACACAUAUAUAGUUUUAGUACAGCUAAUGAAAUGAUGCUAGUAUGUGUUUGCUGAAGAGUUCAACUACUUUUCAUUGAGUUGAAUCCACUAAGGACAGAAGGUCUACUUUGGUCAGAAGGAGACUUGUGUUUCAGAUUAACAUUUCUGCUGACUAAAUAGUGGAGAUGUCCUAGAGUCAUACUUUUAGGCACUGCUCUAGGCUAAAUGGCCCUUUGUGCCUCAGUAGUUGAUCUGCAUUUUAUAAAUAUAUAUAUAUUAUAUUUUUAUUCUAUUUCAUCACUACAUGAACACACACUUUUUCAGUUAUAUACAGGAAAGGUGGAUAUUACAAAUACAACCCCUAAAAGAAACUUAACAUAAAUAAUGACUUCCAAAGUCUCUUCAGUAACAAAUCUCAUAUCAUCCUUGAAUCUUACUGACUUUUUAUAAAACGUUAAAAAAGAACAAAAAAAUAAAUGUUUAAGAAAAAAGAGAAAUAAAGAAAUGUAAAAAACCCUAAGUUAUUUUAGAGCAUUUUAUCAAAAACAUUCUAUAAUUAAUACAUAUCAAAUAAAUAAAAUAAAAUAUAAAAUGCAGUUCAAAAAUCCAGAACUGGAAUUUUGCAAAUGAA